AUGGCAUUAAUAGUUGACAACUUUCGUAGAACCCUAGGUGAUAUUCCUCAUUAUUCCCAAUGUGGUGUUAAGGGUAGAAGCGCACAGUAUCAUUUGAAAAUAGUAGUAGUUGGUGACGGUGCUGUGGGGAAGACUUCGUUACUUAUUUCCUAUACACAAGGUAAAUUUCCUGAAGAUUAUGUACCCACGAUAUUUGAAAACUACGUGACUAAUUUAGAGGGACCAAAUGGUAAGAUAGUUGAAUUGGCAUUGUGGGACACAGCAGGACAAGAAGAGUACAGUCGACUUAGACCACUGUCGUACACCGACGUUGAUGUAUUGAUGAUAUGCUAUGCGAUUAACAGUAAAGUAUCCUUUUACAACAUUGAAGAAAUGUGGUUACCUGAGGUGAAACAUUUCUGUCCUGACGUUCCAAUAAUGAUCGUAGGUUUGAAGAGUGAUCUGUACGCUGAAGAUAACAUUUCAGACUUUGUCGAUGCAUUUAAAGCUGAAGAAACAGCGAAAAGAAUCGGAGCAUUCGUACAUCUGCAAUGUUCCUCAAAAUCUCAACAAAAGGUACGUGAAGUCUUCGAUACAGCUAUCACUGCUGCCUUGUAUGACGAAUUGAAACCAAAGAAGAAGAAACUAAAUUCACGUCGGAAAUGUGUGAUUAUUUAG